GUCUUUUUCCUCUUUUGUUCAGCUUAAUCCACCCGCGUACCAAGAGAGGUGGCAGUCUGUAUUUCUCCGCAAGGCAAAGUGGGUCAUUAUAACAAUCUUGAUACCCGAGGCCGCGGUCUUGAUGGCCUGGCUACAGUGGAGGUGCGCUGUGACACUACAGAAAAGCUUGGUACCAGACCGCCAUUCACGACGAAAAAACAGUAUGUGAGACUCGGGCCGGGAAGAUGUGUCGAUCUAAUGUUCUAGCUCGCUCACGGUCAGCGAUUUUCUCUCUUACUUAUCCAUAUUUAUCUGGGAUGUCGAACAUACUCUAUAUUUAGCAUAGAGUGGUCGUCUGGACGACCGACAUGCACAAUACCAUCGACCGCAUGACCCUGACACCAGUCGCCAUCCGCACACUGGCAGAGCUCGGAGUCUUCGUCGAUGUACAUACGACGCAGAUUACUGAUCUACAGCGUGUCGAUGUGCUCGGUCGCACGGUCGCUGUCUGGCAGCUUACGUGGCUACUCAUCACUGUCCUCGGCCGCCGGGUACAGAACCUUCCUAUCUCGCUAUUGGAACUUAACACGGCUGUCAAUGUGGCAUUUGCCAUGUGCUUACCACUGAUGUGGUGGCGUAAUCCGAACAACAUUUCUCACCCCCUGACGGUGCUGGAAGACAAGCCCAGCCGAAGCAUCGUGGCUAUGAUGCUUAUGGCUACAAGCAUGACAAAAAACAUAGUAUUUGAGCUGGGACAUGAAUCAGUGGACCCUCGCGGUAUGAUCGAGCUCGAUUAUCUCUGUCUCGCAGGUGACGAUUCCCCUCUGUCAAACGAACUCGUCCAAAAAACAGCCGAUCCCGUUAUUGCCUCAGUAUAUUCUCCGGUCUUCGGUGUAAGUCCAAUUUCAGUCGAUCAAUGGGAUCCUCAUCUUCUGUUUGCGCCAUGUCGCAAGUUGUUCACGAGCGGGGCACAAAUCGCACUCUCUGCAAAAGAUUUGCGCAGAUGGUCGAUGGCAUCCCUAGCGCUCCGAAGCCCUACUCGUGUUGGUAUAACACUUCCCACACAGGGUAGCAACGUCCAAGAGACAGCAGGUCGCUUCCGUCAUUGUCUCGUUGAUCGCGCUCGAAAUCUCGAGUUCGACUCUCACUAUCGCGACAAUGUCGACGGAAGGGUUUUCGUUUAUAUGGCCGUGGUGCUUGUCUUGCAUGGAGCUUUGCAUCUUACAGCGUGGAACUGGGUCUUUCCUACUCCCACCGAAAAGCUCUUCUGGCGCGUCUCCUGUUUUGGCUUGAUUGGAGGUUUCGUUAUCGUUGUUCCUGUAGGCAGAUUCACCGAGUACAUUUAUGGGCGUGGACUUGCGUGGCAGACAGAGAAAACUGGGUUCUUGAAUCAAGGUGUAGUAGUACUUCUCCGGAUCAUACGCCAGAUUACUCGUAUAAGUGCAGUGCUUUUGGGAGGUUUCCUGGCAGCUUGUAGCAUCUACCUGUUCUUAGCAAGUUUCCUUGCGCUGAGGAGGAGUCCAAGUGGAGUUUAUGCGAGGUUGGAAUGGUCAUCGUAUCUUCCGGUUCUGAGCUGAGGGCAUGG